AUGAGAUUGCGCGAUGAGGUCUAUAAAAUCGAGAAAUUAAUCAAGGCCAUGCAAGAACCCAAAUCGGGUGUUAGCUUUAGGCCUCAGAAAGUUUUUCUUACAACCAUCCCUUCAGCCAUCUCUGGUGACAACUUAAUAUCAUGGAUUAAACAUUUUCUGGGAACUGAUGGUCCACAAGAGGCCACUCAUAUUGCCAAUAUACUUUUGCUGUAUGGAUACGUCUAUCCGCUAACAGAUUCUAAGUCGUAUGUGGUCAAGAAUGACCCAGCUGCUUUCUAUCGGCUCCAGGCACCUUACUAUUGGCUGUCAAAGAUUCAAAGGCCCGACUCAAUGGAGUAUGCUAUAUAUUUAGUUCGACGCACACUGCACAACUGGCAAAAAUAUGGAUUGGAAGACUAUGAACAGAGGGCUUUGCGUCGUUUACACGUUAUUCUCGCUAGAAAGUGGGAAUUCAUUUGCAUGCAGGCAGCAGACCAAGAGAGAAUUCAAAAAUGCCGACGCAAAUGUGAUAGAAUUAUUUAUGAGGCUCAGCCUUGCACUUUGCCACGACCACAAAUUCCAUCAUUUUGUCGGCAACUGGUACCACAAACUCUACCACAUCCGCUCCUGCGCUUGAGCAACAGGAAGUCUAUCGAAAGUCUUCUUUUUUUCACUGCAACUCGAAGUUCCUAUGACUGGUUUUUGAGUGGAGCCAGUUGUAGUGAUCAGUACAGUGGUUAUCGCUCCCCUAAUGCAUCCCCGUGGCUGAACCAACCGAGUAUCUUCGUGUUCUCUCCAUGCACGCCUAUUAUUGGGCUACCCACGUGUGAUUCUCUUCUCGCCUUUACUCCUCUGGGUUCCUGUUUGAACACAAGUCCUCAAGAUAAUCUCUGUAACGAGCCUUUUGGAGAGCCACAUGUCUCACCUCUCACGGUUAAUCAGCUUCGUGAGGGAUUAAGAGAAAGGACGUUAUUUGAGUCCGUCCUUAAUAAUGCUGAAGAUGCCCUCUUCACCAAUGAUAUUACCUGUGACGAUGUCUUCGCUGAUGGCAUGCAGAAAAGUAGUCUAUUUGAAUUGUUUCCUGCUAAUCUCUCUGCAAACUGCCAGGUACGACUGUGGGCAACUAGCUUUGACAACCUCCUCUGGGAUCCCAGUGGUUGUCAGGCCUUCAAGAGCUUCUUGGAAAAGGAGUUCAGCUCGGAGAACCUACGAUUCUGGCUCAGUGUAAAUGCCUACCAAUUCACUCCACUAUCAAACCUCAAAGCGGCUUGUCAACGUAUCUACGAGGAAUUUCUUGGACCCAAUGCUCCCUCUGAAAUCAACAUUGACUGCAGCACCCGAGCUAACACCACCAGAGCCAUUGAAAUCGUCGAUCUAGUCUCAGGUGUGAUGAUUCACUUGCGGAAACAGGAUCCCUCGUGGCACAUUUUUCUGGAAGCCAAACAGCAGAUCUAUAAGCUCAUGAAAUCGGACUCUUAUACUCGAUUUCUGCGCUCCAGUGACUACUUAGCAGUGCUGCGAAUGGCCCUCACCGAUAGCGGUCACCACACCGAUCAGCAUACACGUCGACAGACCCUUAGACGGCCUCCUUCCCUCACCGCUGCUACUUCAAUUUUCGAUGGGCCAGAGGAGAGCAGAUAUACCGAUAGGCCCACUAUCGUGACACCAAAAUUAGAUCGGUCUAGUUGA